AUGACUACGGCUCUUGUCUUUGGUCCAACAGGCGCAGUAGGCUCUCAAAUCUUGGCCACGCUGCUUUCGUCUCCUUCUUGCGCGUCCCUCACAACCAUCUCGCGACGCGCUCCACAAACACAAACUCAACAUUCGAACUUCCAACCUAUAGUGGAGGACGACACUGCGAAAUGGAGUCCUCUUAUUGCUACACUGUCACCAACUCCUUCGGUAGUGUUCAAUGCAGUCGGCACAACCUAUGCCAGCGCCGGAUCAGUUGCCGCGCAAUGGGCCAUUGAUCACGAUUUGUGCGUCGAAAAUGCAAAAGCUGCAAAGGCUGCUGGGGUAAAGACAUAUGUGUAUUGCUCGAGUGCAGGAACAAGUGGAAGCUUGAGUCCGUUCGCUCUCAGCCCAUAUGCGAGAAUGAAGAGGGGCGUGGAGAAUGCUAUCAAAGAAUUGAAUUUUGACAAUGCGAUUAUCCUGCGGCCUGGGAUGAUACUGGGAAGAGAGAAACCGAAGAAUAAGUGGCUUGAGGACAUCUUCGAUGGCUUCAAGAAGCUUUCGCAGGGCUUCCAGGAUAAAUGGGCGCAAGACCAGACAACUAUUGGAAGGGCGGCAGUAGCGGCCGUGAAAAUGGUGGAAGAGGGUAAGGCUCCAGAAAAGUUCUGGGUGCUAGAACAAUCGGAUAUCGUAAGGAUAGGAAGGGACGAGUGGAAG